AUGUCCCGAUACUUCUCCACAACGGCUCGCAAGUUUGUGAAAUGGCUGGGUUAUUCUAAGGAAAAGCUCCCAGACACCUUCAGGCAAGCCGCAGAAGUCUAUGCAGAGAACGGCGCUGUGAAGAAAGUUGGCGAAAUCGAAUCCAUCGAGAUUUUGUAG